GACGUCAGUGGGGAGUUAAUUUUAAAUCGGUACAAGAUGGCGGAGGGGGACGAGGCAGCGCGGAGGCAGCAGCCGCACCAGGGGUUGCGGCGCCGGCGCCGGACCAGCGACCCGAGUACCGGGGUUAACCACGUCUCGUCCACGACCUUCCUAGGUGAGAAUUAUGAAGAUGAUGACCUAGUAAACUCUGAUGAGGUUAUGAAGAAACCAUGUCCAGUACAGAUUGUUCUUGCUCAUGAAGAUGACCAUAACUUUGAGCUCGAUGAAGAAGCUUUGGAGCAGAUAUUGCUACAGGAGCACAUACGAGAUCUUAACAUAGUAGUGGUAUCCGUGGCAGGAGCUUUUCGUAAAGGGAAAUCAUUUCUACUGGACUUCAUGCUUAGAUAUAUGUAUAACAAGGAUUCCCAAAGUUGGAUUGGUGGAAACAAUGAACCAUUGACUGGCUUUACGUGGCGAGGUGGUUGUGAAAGAGAAACAACAGGCAUACAAGUCUGGAAUGAAGUAUUUGUGAUCGACAGACCUAAUGGAACAAAAGUGGCUGUGCUGCUAAUGGAUACCCAGGGUGCCUUUGAUAGCCAGUCAACUAUCAAAGACUGCGCAACGGUGUUCGCUCUGAGCACCAUGACUAGCUCUGUCCAGGUAUAUAAUUUGUCUCAGAAUAUUCAAGAAGAUGAUCUUCAACACUUGCAAUUAUUUACAGAGUACGGCAGACUUGCAAUGGAAGAAAUCUACCAGAAACCAUUUCAGACACUAAUGUUUUUGAUUCGAGACUGGAGUUAUCCUUAUGAACAUUCAUAUGGUUUGGAAGGUGGAAAACAAUUCCUUGAAAAGAGAUUGCAGGUAAAACAGAAUCAACAUGAAGAGCUACAGAAUGUAAGGAAGCACAUUCACAAUUGUUUCUCAAAUCUUGGUUGCUUCCUUUUGCCACAUCCUGGUCUUAAAGUUGCAACUAAUCCUAGUUUUGAUGGGAGAUUGAAAGAUAUUGAUGAAGAUUUUAAAAGAGAGCUUCGAAAUCUAGUUCCAUUGCUGCUUGCCCCUGAAAAUUUGGUAGAAAAAGAGAUAAGUGGAUCUAAAGUCACUUGUAGAGAUCUUGUAGAAUACUUUAAGGCUUAUAUUAAAAUUUAUCAAGGAGAGGAACUUCCACAUCCAAAGUCCAUGCUUCAGGCAACAGCUGAAGCUAAUAAUCUUGCUGCAGUAGCAGGAGCAAGAGAGAUCUAUUGCAAAAGUAUGGAGCAGGUAUGUGGUGGGGACAAGCCUUACAUUGCACCUUCAGAUCUGGAGCGAAAACACCUGGAUCUCAAGGAAGUGGCGAUUAAACAGUUCCGUUCAGUAAAAAAAAUGGGUGGAGAUGAAUUCUGCCAUCGUUAUCAGGACCAGCUUGAAGCUGAAAUCGAAGAAACCUAUGCAAAUUUUAUAAAGCACAAUGAUGGCAAAAAUAUCUUCUAUGCUGCUCGUACCCCUGCCACACUGUUUGCAGUCAUGUUUGCUAUGUAUAUAAUCUCAGGACUGACUGGCUUCAUUGGCCUAAACUCUAUAGCCGUCUUGUGUAACCUUAUCAUGGGGUUAGCACUGACAUCUCUUUGUACUUGGGCAUAUGUAAAGUACUCUGGGGAGUUCAGAGAAAUUGGAACAAUGAUUGAUCAGAUUGCUGAAACACUGUGGGAACAGGUAUUGAAGCCCCUGGGUGAUAAUUUGAUGGAGGAAAACAUAAGGCAGUCUGUAACAAACUCUAUCAAAGCAGGCCUGACUGACCAGGUGUCUCAUCAUGCCAGAUUAAAGACAGACUGACAAUUCAUCUCCUCAUGGACUCCACUCUCCCUUUUUUCAUGCUUGCUGUACAAUGAGAACUCAAAUAAAAAUAAACCAAAGUUUACAAUCAACUGUAGAAGUAGUUUAGUAUAACUGGCUUCACAGAUGGCUGCCACAGAGUGUGAAAAUUGUUUGUUGGUUUUAAGCAUUCUGUUCUUGGCUCCUAAGACAUGGAGAUUGGCUGAGGAGCAUUAGUUUAUCAUGCACAUUUGUGCCAUGUUUCUUUUAUUUUCUUUUCCUUUUAAUCUAAUGUUAGUGAAAUUUGUCUUAUGUAAAAGGAUAUUUCAGGGAAAUAUUUUAAAAAAUCUAUUUAGAGUCUCUUUAACACCAGUGUCCCAUUGAAAUUUUAAUUUUUAGUGAAGUUACAAAUCACUGUAUCAAGAAUCAGAAUGACAAUGAAGCCUUUAUUGAGCCACUACAUUAAAAGUAUAUAUUGCUUUACUGCCUUCAAUACCAGUAUUACAUAAGUGCAUGUAUCAGAAAUUUCACAGAAAUUACAUGACAACUCUUGUAGCUAAGAAAGUGAUUCUGAGGUGUACAUUUGUCUUGCCUUUUUAAAUUUAUAAACCUGCCCUAAAAGGAGAUGCAUAUCUGGGAAACUGAACUGUCUUUAUGCAGUUUAGCCUUCAUGUACAUAAAAUAUGCCAUUAAUUUUAUUGGGGGAGAAAUUCCAUCCAAAAAUGUUGCCUACAGCUAUGAGUUAAGAGUGUCUGUACAGUGUGUAGCUUUUAUUUUCUAAAAUCACAGAUAGGGCAUGUAUAUGAAUUAUAAAUAUAUAAAUACGAUUUUGUAUUAAAAGUUUUGUAGUUUAUGGCAAAAUCUGGUUCUGUGGUAGGCUAAGUACAGUCCCUGUGAAGGAAUGUUUGUGGCUCAUGUCAGUGUGUGAAUGCAUAGACAAUUUGAAGUUUUUGAUAUAUUUGUGAUAUUUAUCUUCUUGAGCACUGCAAUCUCACCUCCCCCCCCCCAAGGGAAUUCAAUGGGAAUGUUUAUUGUGACUUUGUCCUCUGUUGCAUUUUAAAGUUAUUUCCUGUAAUUUAUUUUCAGUACAUAAUUAAAAAUUUGUUGUAUAUAUAAAAUGAAACUUGUGAUUCUUUUUUAAGGAAUCCUUCAAGUAUGUAUUCCAUUACAUAAACCAUGUUUGUUUAAACUGAAAAGAGCAUGAGCAGGAAACACCCAAGUGAGAGCUCUAAGGUAUUGUACCCAAAGCUGAGCUUGUAAAAAUUAUUUUUCUUUGUCUGUCUCUGUUAGGGAAAACUUGUUGUGAUUAGCCUAGGUGUAGCUGGGGAUUUGUUAAUUUCUUUUCUCCCUCUUUCUCUCCUUUUUUUUUUUUUUUUGAUGGUAUAUGUAAGGCUAAUAUUUAAUAUUUUUGCAAUAUUUUUGUAGCCUUCUUUAUAAACACUUAUUAUUAAAGCACCUAGUUUGGUUUUUAAGUAAAGAAAAUUCAGAUGUUGAGUUGCAUGCCUGAAAGCUCUAAAUUUACUUCGGUUGAUAUAUCUCCUCCCCUCCUUCUUUCAAAUCCUGUUUUUAUAUGGAUUGUAUUUGUUUCCAUCUGUAUUAAAUUGCUACCGACUCAUCUGUUCUUAAAACAUAAAGAAUCUACUUGAAAAGUCUUUUUAUUUCUUCUAACACCCUGUUUUAUGAAUGCUGUGGACUGUUUUUAUGAAUGAAAAAAUAAAAAGUUUGUUGUAUAAUAGCAA